UUUCGUUCCCCCCGUGUACACAGUGCCAUGCAGAGAUAUUACUGUCACCGGGUACACUGACAGGCUCUGUGUGCCGCACUGUUAGUAAAAUCAUAAAAGGGAACUAAUACCGAGUCGGUAGGGGGAGUUUAAUUGAGUGACAUUGUGUUGAUGUCAGGCCGGUGUGUAUUAGUGGGGACACAGGAAGUGUGCUGCACAUGGCUUGGAUGUGCUCUUACAUGGUUUAUUGACAUCAGGGCUGGAGCUUCCUCUGAGUAAAGGAGUGUUGAAACUAUAGAAGACAUGAAGGCUCAGACCAGCACAGAUAUUGAACAUCUUUUCCUGGAUAUUGAUGGCAAUGACAUCUUACCUCUUCAUACCUCGAUUUCUCUAUUUUUGAUAUCUUACUGUGAUUGUAGCACAUUUAAAGUUUUCCUUGUCUUACCCGAGCGAACUGUUAAUAUCUCUCACAAGGAAGGAUUAUUACCAAGCAGUCUGGAGGUUGAAAUCAUCUGCAGACACGACCUCCCACCAGCAGUUCAGGGUUGCCGUUUGCCUGCUGUUGUAGAAGUAUCUGGCACGUUUUGCAGAGCAGGCCUGGCCGUGGUUCUUAGGCACAUUAUAAAGAAAACAUGCCUUGCUGAACCUUGCAGAAAGGAUGUCAGUGAACUUCUUGGUUUUAAAAAGACUUGCCUAAAAGCCUGCGCAGAAGUAAGUCCGUGGACCAGACUUUGUGAGGUCAGCAUCCCGAAAGCUGUGGAGGAAUUUUUGAAGAAGCCUUCUACUCUUAUUCCAGAAGAACUUUUAGUGCUUGAAAAAAAACUUGGAGAGCCGGUGAGAGUUCACAAUGAUGACAAAAUACGAAGGCAAAAGUUACAGCAGCAAGAAACAGUCAAAGAACAUGGUGUCAAAAACGCUUCUAGUGAAAUUGGAGAUGAUACACAAGCUCAAACCGUGUCACUCUGCAGCCAAGAUUCUAAACCAAGCAACUUGGACCUUGAAGCUGCACUUUCUAAGCUAACCGUAGAGGGAUCUGAAUCUAAAACCUCGAGAGAGAUGCCUCACAUCAGGAAAACCAAGAAUGAAGACCUACCUCCUCUCGAACAUGUGUUUGCUGAAGGCCUCUUCUUUACCCUUACUGAUGUUGUCCUCCUACCAUGUAUCCAUCAGUUUCUGGUUGCUCUUCUCAAAAUAUCAGUAGACAAAAUUAUGCAGCUUCCACUUACUGUCGGCUGGUAUCAAAGGGUGCAACAGGUUCCUGGCAUAAGAACUGCAGCUGCCAAGUGUAAUUUACAUUUUUUAAACUUACCCGAUGUGAACACAUGCCAUGAGCCCCUGCCUAUUCCUCUCAGUACUGAAAUGGAAAGAAGCGAGCUACAAGACACUGCAUUUGUGGGAGGCCCAAGACCAACCAUGACAAAACUCAAGAAUCACGGCAUUGAAGCUCAGUUUUCUUCUCACCCUCACCCUUCGUGGACCAUUAACUGGGAAAAUCUCCCUCCUGCUGCUAGUCCUGCAGAAGGAAAAAUGUCCAGUGAUCGGGCUCUGAGGAAACAACAGCAGCUGAACAACUUUUUAUCUGUAGUGACGAACAUGGCUAAGCCUGGAGACUGUAUCGUGGAUUUCUGCAGUGGAGGGGGCCACGUUGGGAUUGUCUUGGCUCACAUGCUACCAUUAUGCCAGAUUAUUCUAAUUGAAAACAAAGAAGAAUCACUCAUGCGUGCAAAAGAAAGAAGUGAUGAGCUUGGAUUACCCAAUAUAUGGUUCGUUCAAGCAAAUCUGGACUAUUUCAUUGGAAAGUUUAACAUUGGGGUAGCCUUGCAUGCAUGUGGAGUGGCAACUGACAUGGUGAUUGAGCAUUGCCUCAAAGCUAAAUCCGCAUUCGUCAUCUGCCCAUGCUGUUACGGCUUUAUACAAAACACCGUCAAGACCACGUUUCCUCGAAGUAAACAGUUCCAGGAGGUCCUAUCAUACAAGGAGCAUAUGAUCCUGUGUAGAUUUGCAGACCAGACAGAUGCCCAGCUUCCAAAGGAACGAAGAGCAAUAGGAAAGCAGUGCAUGGGUUUGGUAGACCUGGAUCGAUCAUGGGCAGCAGAGCAGUUUGGAUACAAAGUAACUGUUAUCUCCAUGGAGCCAGAAACCUGCUCUCCAAAGAACAACUUGAUUGUGGGUUCUCCCAAUUCAGUCCAACAUGUGUAAUUUUAUAUCUGUGGUAUGGAGAUCAUCAGAGGAGAGAUAUCUCUGGGUAUCAUCGGCGUACAGGUGGAAGGGGAAUCCAAAUGACUUAAUAAGUUUGCGAAGAGAGGUAGAAUACAAAGAAGACAAAAGCAACAGAGCCUUGGGGGACUCCAAACGAGACAGGACAAACGGAGGAGGUGUUAUAAGAAAAGGAGACACUGAUUGAAUGCUGGGAGAGAUAGGAGGAGAACCACAAGAGUCACAGUUUAUUAUUAAAUUUCCCCCUUUUAAAAAUGUGUAUUGCUAUAUGAAAGCUAAAAAUAAUAAUAGGUGUUAAGAGACUGGUCAGAUCUUUAGAAGCAGUUUGAAGAUGUUUGUUCUGUCUAUUGAUUACCAGUUUGGCAUCUACACACUGUGCCAUCUACACAUAGGAGGCUUAGGAGGCUUAUAAAAUAUGAUGAUAAUGGGAAAAUAUCUGUAUCAUGAAUUUUAUUUUAUAGGUAUUUAUUAUCAUUGACUUUUAUUCCAGUUGUCUUUGCUAUUACAAUCUAUUAAAGUUCACUCUGCCUCGCAGCACAGUCAUUUUC